UCAAGUUCAGUUCGUUCUUUAAAAACAUCAUAUAUUUUUAGUCAUUUCUGCUUGUACAAGUAGAUGAAUCAUGGGUUUUAGAUAUAUUUUCUUUUUCAUUUUGUUGUUUAAUGCAAAAGGUGCAGUAAUUCAAUACGAGUGUCCAAACUAUUGUACUUGUGAUGUUUUCAAUGAUUAUAGACGGGCUACAUGUCAAGAUAAAAAACUUGUGACUGUUGAAAUCGGUCUACCUCCUGUAGUUGAGCUCUUGGAUAUAUCUCAUAAUCAAAUUAGAAGUUUGGAGGAUGAAGUAUUUACUAACAUGCACCUCGCAAAUUUAAAACUACUCAAUCUAUCCUACAACCAAAUUAGCCAAAUAAGUUUACACAGUUUUGAAGGUUUAGAUAAUUUGAAAAGUAUGGAUCUUUCAUUCAACAGCAUUCAAUAUUUUUUGGGACAAUGGUUUUUUGACUUACGAUCCCUUAGGGAAUUAUAUCUACGAGGGAAUAAUUUACAGAAUAUAAACGAACAGCCACGUAUAGAGUUGCCAUAUCUUAAGGUUCUUGAUUUAAGUGAAAAUAAAAUAGCACACCUACAUCCAAUUAUUUUUACAUCUUUACCUAAUCUUGAAAUACUGGAUAUAAGUGGAAACUUUCUAAUAGAUCUCCGUGUGGAAAUUAUACGACCACUACCUAAUUUAAGGCUUUUAGUGGCCGAUGGAAAUAGCUUACAGUGCUCCGAUAUAUCCUUUAGAUUCCUAAGACGUUACAUUAAGGAAAACGAUAUAACAUAUGUCGGACCUUGUAAAAAGAAGCAGAGAUUAAGACCAAAACCAACAGAACCCGCUCAUUUUGAACGAAUGGAAAUGACAAAAUUUGAAGAGAAAAUAAGUGAUAAAUAUAGAGGUGAUAACGAAGUUAAUGAUGGCAGAAAAAAUGAUAACAAACCUAAUCAAGAUAGAGCGGAAGACAAAAAGUCAUUCACUAAAACAUCAGAUGAUGACGAUGAUAAUGAUGGAGAUAAUGAGGAAAAUGAUGUCGGACCAAAGGAUAACAAUGGAAAAGAAAGAAUCACAAAAUUGCCGAAGAAGCAUAAUCAAGAUAAAACGGAAAGCAGAAAAUCUUUCACUGCACCAUUAGAUGAUGACGAUGAGAAUGAUGGAGAUAAUGAAGAAAGCGAUGUCAAACCAACGGAUAACGAUAGAAAAGAAAUAAUCACAAAAUUACCGAAUAGCCACAAUCGAGAUAAAAUGGAAAACAGAAAGUCAUUCACUGAACCAUUAGACGAAGAUGCUGAAAAUGAUGAAGAUAAUGAAGCUAACGAUAUGCAAAAUAAAAACAACGAAGCAGAAACUGUAACAAAACCAUCCCAUAAAAGUAAUAAACAGAAGAAUAACGAAGAAACCGAUGAAGAUGAGAUUGUAGUUCCUGUACAUCCGAGAAAACCAAAUAAAAAUCACAAGAAAACCACUCAAAAGAACGGCUGGAUGGUAGAUGACAAUGAAGAAAAUAAAAAAGCUGAUAAUAGCAAACCAAAUAUUAAAUAUGUUGAAGUUUGCAAUAAUAAAACUGCGAAACAAACAAAAAAUGCAGAGGAUCUAUUUAAAAAUAAAUUAGACAAAAUGGCUAUGAAAGUAAUCCAAAUUUCUCCAUCAGGAUUUGUAGUACUUAGCAUGUUGCUUGGAGUAAUGGUUGGUGUGAUUGCUAGCAAUACGGGCAAAUCAGGAGAUUUAAAAAAACGUAUCAAACAAUUGAACGAUGCACUCGAAAAGGUUCAACAAAAAUAUUUUCCUAAUGCAAAAAAUCCAUUCAAAAAGGGUGGAGGUGGUAAUAAUGAAAAUCUACCCAAAGAUGAUGUAAAAGAAGAGGCACCAAAAGAAAAAAAAGAUCCCCAAUUUUCGACACCCCCAAAACCUAAGAAGAAAGAUUCAGUCGAAUUAAAUAUCCAGUCUGACUGUUCGGAUUGCCUGGAUGAUCUAGCUAAGUUUAAACCACGUCCUAAAAGUAGGAGAAUUCCAGAGCAACAAUCAUUAUUAGAUGAAGAAGAGCCACCAUUGGGUUCGACUCCAGCUAUGAGCAAAAGAAUACCUCCACAGAGGAUUCAGCGGUCUCCGAGAGAUUCUGGAUCUGAAUUGGAUGAAACCUUAAAACCUACAGCAUUUCCUCCAAGAAGAGACCGCAGUUUAGGAAAAUCAGAUAAGUCUGAUUCAGAAAAUUCUGACUCCAAACCUAUAUAUAAACCUGGUAGACGAAGGGGUCAAAGCAAAGGAAAAUCAGAUAAGUCUGAUUCAGGAAAUUCGGACUCCUGGCCGAAAUCUAAGCCUGGUAGAAGAAGAGGUCAAAGCAAAGGAAAAUCAGAUGAGUCGGAUAACGAAGAUAUUGCUUUAAAACCAAGAUCGAGAUCUGGAAGUCCUUUAAAACCAAGAUCGAGAUCUGGAAGUCCAAAAGGUAGACAACGCGAACAGGGACCAAGUUUCGGCGACCAACAGAAACUUGAAGGUUGGGGAAAGGAAAGUGAAGGGGACAAAUAAAUGUUAAAUUAUUCGUUUAAAUACGAUUAUUUUAUAUACUUAUUUAAAAUUCAUGCCUAUUAUUUAGGUUAACUGAAGAGCUACCAUGACAAUUUAACUGAGAGAGACGAAAGCUAUCAUGAUAAUAUUAUAGUUUAGAUUAACUUUGUAAAUUUGUAAAUUUUUUUAAAUUAACUUUGCUAAUUGGCUCUGCCAAAGGCAUUUUUUAGAAAAAACAAAAAAAACUUUGUAAUAUUUAAUUAUUUUAAAGAUAAUUUUUUAAAGAAAUAUUUUUAAUUAUAUUUUAAAUUUUAUUGUUGAAGCACUGUCUGUUGUUAUUAUAUUUUUAUUUCUAUUUUUAUUUUAAAUAAAUUGUAUUUGAGUUUAA